CUUCACGUGCGAGGCUGUGGCUGCAGGAAGAUGGAGAACGUUACAGAAGGGACUUGGGACUCUUUGCCGGAGAAGCUGAAUGACCAGAUCCGCCAGACUCUGAGGGAGCUGCGCUUCACCCACAUGACGCCGGUGCAGGCCGCAACCAUCCCGCUAUUUAUGAGCAACAAAGAUAUCGCCGCAGAAGCUAUUACUGGAAGUGGGAAGACUCUGGCCUUUGUGAUCCCAUUGUUAGAAAUACUUUUGAGAAGAGAAGGAAAACUAAAGAAGCAUCAGGUUGGUGCAAUAAUUAUCACUCCGACCCGGGAACUUGCAAUGCAGAUUAACGAAGUGCUCUCUUACUUCACCAAACAUUUCCCCCAGUUCUGUCAGAUCCUCCUUAUUGGUGGAAGUAAUCCUGUUGAAGAUGUGAAGAAAUUUAAGGAACAAGGUGGAAACAUUAUUGUGGCUACUCCAGGGAGGUUGGAAGAUAUGUUUCGGAGACAGGCAGAUGGGCUGGAUUUGGUCACUGCUGUGAAGACCCUGGACGUUCUGAUUUUGGAUGAAGCAGACAGACUUCUGGAUAUGGGGUUUGAAGCAAGCAUAAACACAAUAUUGGGCUUUCUGCCCAAGCAACGAAGGACCGGUCUGUUCUCUGCCACCCAAACUCAGGAAGUAGAGAAUCUGGUCCGGGCUGGGCUUAGGAAUCCAGUACGUAUCGCAGUAAAGGAGAAAGGAGUGGCGGCCACCAGCACCCAGAAAACGCCAACACGACUUCAGAAUUAUUAUAUGAUGUGCAAAGCUGAUGAAAAGUUCAACUACCUUGUGAGUUUCCUGCGCCAAAGGAAGCAAGAGAAACAUCUUGUGUUUUUCAGCACCUGUGCCUGUGUGGAGUACUACGGGAAAGCACUAGAAGCUUUUGUGAAGAAUGUGAACGUCAUGAGCAUUCACGGGAAAAUGAAACACAAGCGUAACAGGAUUUUCACCGAAUUUAGAAAGCUGGAAAGUGGCAUUUUGGUGUGUACCGAUGUCAUGGCAAGAGGUAUCGACAUACCAGAAGUAAACUGGGUUUUGCAGUAUGACCCUCCCAGCAGUGCAAGUGCUUUUGUUCAUCGGUGUGGACGUACUGCAAGAAUUGGUAAUCAUGGCAAUGCACUUGUAUUUUUGCUCCCUAUGGAAGAGUCAUAUGUCAAUUUUCUAUCAAUAAACCAAAAGUGCCCUUUACAAGAGAUGGCUGACUUCAAAUGUACUGUGGAUCAUCUUCCAAAAUUGCGAUCCAUAGCGGAAAGUGAUCGCGCAAUGUUUGAGAAAGGCAUGAAAGCUUUUGUGUCUUUUGUACAGGCUUACGCCAAACAUGAAUGCAACCUAAUUUUCAGAGUCAAAGAUUUGGACUUCUCCACUCUUGCUCGUGGUUUUGCACUGCUGAAAAUGCCCCGAAUGCCUGAAUUGAGAGGAAAGGACUUUUCAGACUUUGUUUCCGCUAACAUCGAUACAGACUCUAUUGCAUACAAAGACAAAAACAGAGAAAAGCAAAGACGGAAGAUGUUGCAGGAGAAAAAAGAGAAACAGGAGGGAGAACGUAGAAAAAACUUUGCAAAAAAUAAGGCCUGGUCAAAGCAGAAAGUCAAAAGGGAAAAGAAGAAAAAGAUGGCUCUUAAGAGAAAGCAUGAAGAGGGCUCUGACAUAGAUGAUGAAGAUGUGAGUGAGCUGCUACGUGAUACCAGGCUGUUGAAAAAACUGAAAAAGGGUAAAAUCACAGAGGAAGAAUUUGAGAAGCAGCUGACGGCUGCUGGAAGAUCUAGGGGUGAAUCAGAUGCAUCAGACUGAACACUAAAGACUUUGUGAUUCCUCCCCCCCUCAAUUCAUUAUUUAUUGUAUAUAAACCAGGCUGUAUGGAUUUGAUGCUCGGUGCACAUAUGUUUUUAUCAUAUAUGAUUAUUCAGGUUUUAAUACUAUAAACAGUGCAAAUUUAAAUUUUA